CAUGGUGAGAGACCUCGUUUUCAUCCACGAAACGCGCUGCAUUGGAGCCAAGAAUGCGUCGCGAAGUGAAUGGAUAAAUUGCUUUGCUAUUAAAGGGAUGCAUGCUGUUGCUUUUCUGCCGGAAAACAAACCAUCGAUCGGUCUUGGCGACAGCACCAACCCCACUGGGUUUUGGAUAAAGCAGACAAGAACAACAACUAAUCCCCGAACGAGCACAACUAGACUAUAGCAGCAGGGAACCAAGGACAUAAACCGAGAAUAAAAAAUGGAAAUGGCAGCACGAACUGGAUUAAAUGAGUAGAGGGGUUUUAUAGAAUAGCGAAUGUUUUCUUGGUAUGUUCGUUAAUUUGAGCUUUUAUUUUCUGUGGAAAUGGGAGCUUUGACCAGCAGACAGAACGCAGGAGUGGAAGAGGUCGAUAUACCGUCCACCUCGGUGUACAGCUAUCCACCGAAAUCUGGAAGUUACUUUGCCAGCCACUUCAUCAUGGGCGGGGAGAGGUUUGACUCCACCCACCCAGAGGGAUACCUGUUCGGAGAGAACACUGACCUCAACUUCCUGGGAACCAGACCAGUGGUGUUCCCCUAUGCAGCCCCGCCUCCUCAGGAGCCAGUGAAGACUCUACGAAGCCUUAUAAACAUCCGUAAGGAUACACUGAGGCUCGUACGGUGUAGUGAGGACCUGAAGCUGCCAGGGGAGGACGUGGCAGGGAAAAGCAAAGCCUGUUACAACAUAGAGUUUACCUUCGACGCUGACACACAGGUGGCCAUCACCAUCUACUAUCAAGCUAUAGAGGAGUUCCACAACGGAGUGCCAAUUUACCUUCCCCAGGACAGCUCUCUCCAGUCAGAAAUGGUGCACUUUAAGAGAGGAGUCUGUCAGCAGUUCUGUCUGCCCUCGCACUCCGUCAACCUGUCAGAGUGGGCCGAUGAGGAGUUGCUGUUUGACAUGGAUAAGGAUGUGUUUCCCAUGGUCGUUCAUGCGAUAGUAGACGAGGAGGAUGAUCAAAUGGGUCACUCCCAUGUCCUCCUGGCCACCUUUGAAAGGCACAUGGACGGAAGCUACUGUGUCAAACCUCUGAAGCAGAAGCAAGUGGUAGAUGGAGUGAGUUACCUUCUUCAGGAGAUCUACGGCAUUGAGAACAAGUACAACAGCCAAGAAUCAAAGGUUGCGGAUGAUGAGAUCAGUGAUAACAGUGCGGAGUGUGUGGUGUGUCUGUCGGAUGUCCGCGACACACUCAUCCUGCCCUGCAGACACCUGUGUCUCUGCAAUGCCUGCGCCGACACACUCCGCUACCAGGCCAACUGCUGCCCCAUCUGCAGACUGCCGUUCCGGGCCCUGCUGCAGAUCCGAGCCAUGAGGAAGAAGCUGAGUCAUCUCUCUCCUGCCAGGUUUAACCCAGUCAUCACCUCCCAGACCUCUGACUCAGAGGAACACUCGGCGUCGGAUCACAUUCCCCCAGGUUUUGAGGUCGUGUCUCUUCUGGAGGCUCUGAACGGGCCCCUGAGCGUGUCUCCCUCUGCCCCCCCUCUGCAGGACCUCUCUGGGGGCCACGUCUCAGGCACCCUGCCCCCCUACAGCAGUGAGACCCACCCAACCCCGGCACGCUCCAUGUCCCCCCUGGACCACUCCAAGUCUAGCCAGGGACUCAAACUGAAGAAGAGUGGCUCCAAGUCUCUCUCCCAGAAUUCUUCGGUGCUGCCAGUGGAGCAGGGACAGAAGUCAGAUCACAGUGAAUCAGAGGUUCAGGCCUGCCACCGGAAACAACAACCGGAGAGUGGUGUAACUCCAGAGAGUGAGAACCUGACUCUAUCCUCGUCUGGAGCCAUAGACCAGUCCUCCUGUACUGGGACACCUUUCUCCUCCACCAUCACCUCCCCUGAAGACCCCGUGAGCAGUAGCCUGGCCCAGUCAGUCAUGUCCAUGGCUUUGUCCCACAGCCAGCACUCUCAGAUCAGCACUGACACCCUGUCCUCCAUGUCCGGUUCCUACUUGGCCGGGCCGGAGGGAGAGGUGGAGGGGGGAGACGCAGAGGGGGAGAAGAUCCAGGACGCACCCAUGGAGAGCCGGGGACCCUCACAGCAGGACGGGGAGUGUUUCCUCAUAGUGAAGGAACUACCCAUGGAGCCAAAAGAACAUAACUUCUCAGUCGCUUUGUCAGAAGAGCAGGAUUCAGAGGGAAAUGAUGUCACAGAGGAACACUGCCCCUCCCCUUCCCACAAGCAGGGUGGGUGGAGCAGGUGUCUAGAGUUGGCCAAUAACAAUCACGCCCUCUGCGACACGACCUGUUUGGGGGGGCUGGACAAUGAGCAGGUUCUCGACAGCCGAUUCGCCGAUGCGGACUCGUGCCUUGUGCACAUUGAGGAAUAGAUAUGGCUAUAGCUGUGGCUAACUGGUCUGAUGUAUCUGGGAGGCUAUAGGCCAGUGUUGGAGCCCCUGCCCCACCAGUAAUAUCAACCUGGAGAAGCAGGGGGCGGAGACUAGGGACAGCCAGCGUCCCAAACACACACCUCGCACACCACGCCGCUGACCACUCAUUUUUCAACACACACGCACGUCAAAUUUCAACCUCAUUGCUAUAACAGCACAUAUUGAUAUUUUAUCAAUUUUACACAACCUCAUCAUUACGCAGUAGACCUUCCCUGCUGCAUCUACUCACCUGAUUAACCAACGCCCAUGUCCUUCAUCCAUCCUGAGGCAGUGUCCUCACUCAACCAUCCUACACUUCUCUUCACUCUGGACUAAAGAGGAGGAGCUUUUAUCGCAGUUGCUAAAUCUAACAGGGAAGUCUUGAAGAAGAGGAUUUAACCAAUCCACAGUCCAGAAGGAGACUUCUAGAGUUAGACCACUCCCCCCCUCAACGUGUCAUAAUGGCUUUCUUGUGUUUUGUGUCAUUGAUUUGUCCUUUGGGAUGCCUCCCCUUGCCUCUAACAACCAACCAGUCAGGGGUCAGUGUACUCCGUUCCAUGAACCAGUAAUCUCUGGCCGUGGUUUUGCAUGCAGCGCUCUGAUGUCUCCAAUCAGCCCUACUGUACUCAACAGUCUGUCCUCUCACAACUACCUUGUCUGAAUGGGACUAUCCUUGUUAGCUAAGAAACUGGACUUGCUGUAUGUGGUGGUGAAUGGAGGAUUUGAUCCAAAAUGUCAGAUUUGCCCCCAAAAUGGAGGACUUGAUUUGCUCCAAAAUGGUGGUAGAUACUGAACUGUAAAGGAGACAGAGGGGAGAAUGUACGAUGCUGAUGCAGUAUGUGUAACUCUGAGAGGGGAAUGUAAUGUAAUGAUUUGUUUUGGGGUUAUUAACUAUAGAAGAAUGACCUCUGAACUUUGAACUACCCCCUGUACUCCUUGCACACCUUUCCCAACACACACACCACCCUACAAAAACACAUGUGCUGUUCGAUAGACAAACCUGAACCUUCUCCUCAUUUAGUGAAAACCUUUAUUUUGUUUAAUUGAUAUUGUUUUUGGUGUAAAGCUCUCCUGGUAAAUUCGUCACGUUUGGUGUUUUAUUUGUUUAAACAAAAAUGUGUUGUUUAUUAUGUGGAUGAUUAUAUAUUAAAUGAAUAAUGGUUUUGAGAAAAAAGGGAUGAUGACACAACACUAAAUGCACUUCUAGCUGUUACCUAGGCAACACACUUUGCGGUGCAUGAGGCGAUUGUAGAGUAAAACAUGAAAGUCUAGGUCAGGCUCAACACCCCUGUAGAGUACCCACAGUGGUACACACCUCUGACCUUUCUGUAUUGUCAUUAUGGGACGAUCUCAAUUGCAUACUCCUUGUGUCCUCUCUCCUCUCGCCUUGUCUCCUUCUCAAAAACCUCUUGGAGGAGAAAGUCAGAGUGGAGGGACCUCUGG